GGUUUUUUUUUUUUUUUUUUUUUUUCUAAUUCUUCGGCUUGUGUCAUACCUCAUCUGCACUGGAACGACACAGGAUAGGAAUGCUAAGAGACCCUGCAUGAUGAUUUCCUCUUGAGUGGCGUUUGAGGGAUCCACAUCAUCACCGUGAUGGAAUCCGAUUUGUCACUGCUGUCCUCCUUAAAGGGAGAGUUCAAGGCAGAGGACUUCAUACAGCCGCAUUACAAGGAAGCGUAUCGGUUAGCCAUCGACUGCCUAGUCAAAGAGGGAGAAGUUUCUUAUCAAAAUUUCAUCAAAGAGGAAGGCAUAUGCAGUUUCCUCUCUGAGGAGGAAAUCAAGCACAUUACACAGAGCGCUGUACAGCCGCCCACGAGCAACCACUCGGAAGAAGCGGACUGUCCGCAGGCCGACACGUCCUCCACCGGCACAUACUGGCCCACACACUCAGACACGGACCCGCCGAACCUGGAGUUAGGCUGGCCAGAAGUCCCGCACCGAAGGCUUGAGACCAACAUCGACCUGCUCUUCCACCCGCCGAGGCAAAACAGCCCCACUAUCAAAGAAGUGAUUCGCAAACACAUACAGGAUGCCAGGCAGGUCAUAGCAAUCGCAAUGGAUGUUUUCACCGACGUGGACAUCUUUAAAGAAGUGGUGGAUGCCUCAGUCAGGGGUGUUCCUGUCUACAUUCUCCUCGACCAUAAUCACUUCAAAAGCUUCCUCACUAUGAUAGAAAAACAAGACGUCCAACUCCAGAAACUCAGGACUAUGAGGAUACGUACCGUGAAAGGCCAAGAAUACCUCUGCAGAUCUGGGGUGAAGUUCCACGGAGCAAUGGAGCAGAAAUUUCUUCUUAUUGACUGCCAAAAGGUGUUUUAUGGAUCAUACAGCUUCAUGUGGUCCUAUGAGAAGAUCAACCUCAGCAUGAUUCAGGUUAUAACAGGCCAUUUAGUGGAGACUUAUGAUGAGGAAUUUCGGACGUUAUACGCCCGAUCGACAAUCCCAGAUCCAUUUCAGACUUUCGGCGUGAACCAGUGUGAGAUGAAGCCCAAUGGCAAAAUGGACGGCUACUCGAUGCAUUCCACCAAGCCCUUUGAAAGGAAAGAUCAUUUAAGGCACACACUUGAUGCUGUUUACCGGCAAGCCUGUGAACGGAGAUCAGGGAUUUCGCCAUUGAGAGAGGUGGAAGAAAGGCCGGUUGUUACACCUCACGCUCGACUCCUACAAGACACCUCAGAGUUUUACAAAAGACACAGCUACGCGGGUGAACGUCAGGAGCCUGUGUAUCUGUCGAAACUGUCCAAGUUUGGCUCUAGUAACUGGAACGUGGCGGCAGAGAACAGCCGUUACAGUGGUUACUCCAACAACGUGGACAACCACUAUGAAAGUUACGUCACCAACCCGAUGUUCAGAGGCUCAAACAUGCGGCAGUCGUACCAUGGCCACGACAAACAAAUUCUCAACAUACGGCAAAACAUGCCCAGUUUAGCAAGCACUUCCAAGUCUUUCCUUCGGACGUGGAGGUUAGAGUCUUACCUCAACAACCACAAUGAUGCACCUUAUGGAGAGAACCACGAUUAUCUGGACCAAUACGAGGAUAAUAAAUUGGCUCCUCCGCAAACCUCUCGCAUCAGGUCAUCGUUUGUUUUCACGCCCACCAUACAGGAGCAACCAGAGAUGAACAGCUACUCCAAUAAUUCGUCGUCCUCCAACCACGAUCUGGCACGAAUUCAACCCAAUGCUCAGAUUUAUUCUUCAACACACUGGAAUCAGACAGCGCAGCAUGAUGACUUCAUGAAGAGGCGCAGUUUACAGAUUUUAGAAAACUCAGGGAGUAACGCAACCUAUAGCUCCGGAAGGGAUUCAAUAUAUGCAAGUUUAAACCGAGCCAAAAGUAGAUUUCCAAACAAUGAUCAAGAGGACAGACUCAAGAGGCACAGUUUGGCCGCUCCCAGGGGCAGUACAUGUAACAGUGACGCAAACGGGCCUUCCAGUUACAUGUAUGCAUCUUUGCCUAGAAAACAAAGAAACUGCAAUGCGUCUGUACAGGAGAAUCCCAGAAAUCAAGCGUACACGCCAAAUUUCAGCGAGGACCAAAGGUCCGUCUCUCAUUAUGAUUUCAAAAAGGCAGAUGAGAGCACAACUACCUCAUGGCAAGAUCCUCCUUUGAGGACUGUGUCCGCGUCGCUUCUGGACCAAGAGGACAGUCCGCCUUCGAAACCAAACAGUGUAUCGUCACAACGCUUCUUGAAAAAGAGCACCAAGAAAAUAAAAUCCCUUCUACACAUCCCACAAAAGGGGGACGGCUCAACGAAAGGAAAGAGUCUUAAAACGGGAGGCAGCACGGACACAAUUGUCUCGGAUUAUGAUGACACCGUGGGAGACAAGAAAAACCAUGGAAGCACUGCCAAUUCCUCCAAGUCUGUGGAGAGCAUCCGACUGAGGCGAGCGAAUGGGAAGAUCUCUGGGGAUGAAUGCCUGGCGGGAGAGACAUCCGCGCCUCGCUUUAGCACUGAAGAGCUUCAUCCGCCUCACACAGCUGCAAGUGUAGAGACUUCCAACACGCAGGAACAAACCUCGGUUAUCCCUCAGAAAGAGAAGACGGACUCGACACCAACAAGAUCAGAUCUGCCAAAGCAACAAGUAUCAGCAAACAGACUGUAUAGCAGAUUUGAGCCGCUUUGCUCAUUCGAACCCAGGCGUCCCGCAGCGGGCCAGCCUGCCUAUGUGUCUCCACAGAGCCAAGCAAGUGACAAAACAAGGAAUACGGUCUUUUUAAGAACACAACCAACGAAUGACCACAGCACUUAUACAUCACAGGGGCAAGACAACAGAUUCGGCCGGUUCAUUCAAAGGGUUGGAAAUUUGAUACACAAGAAUAAGUACUGAAAGUGAACUAGACUGACUAAAUGGAUUUGCAAACAUUGCACAAAUAAUUGUUUUCAAACUGUUUUCUCAAGCACUACCAAUCCCCUUCCAUUGGUCAGACUUACAGAUCGCCCUGCCUCUAACUUAUGGCAUUGAUUGAGCCAAGCUUGUUAUGUCAAACCGGUUGGGAUGCUUGUGCUGUUUCUUUCUUCAGUCGAAAAGAAAUGAAGGUUUUAGAUGAAAACAUUCCAGGAUUUUUCUCCAUGUAAUGGACUUC